AUGACUGCCAUUCCACCUUCAAACCCACUUCCUAUCUUCGCCUUUUCUCCCUCUCGCGAUAUGCAGUCCUCCUACUCAUCUUCCUAUUCAUCAUCCUACUCAUCCUCUCCCGGCGGUAUGGAUUUCUUCUUUCGCGGUCCGUCUGCCUACGACAACCUGUGCGAUGUCGACGGCAGCUCAUUUACGACCCCGGAUUUUGCGCCGGAGUUUGUCUCGGAGCCUUAUAGUUACUCCUUCACAAGUGCGCCAAACGCGCCUGCACCAUACAUUUAUGGUUCUAUGAAUGAAAUCCCCGUCUACGAUACUUCACUCAUGGCAACCGGACUACCCAGUAGUCCUGCCGCGAGUAGCUGUGGAAGCUCAUAUGGAAGCUUCAACAUGCACGAGGAAGUUGUCCCAAUGCCCAGUUUCCCUCUUGCUCCAGAGGAUUCGGGUCCCGAGUCCCCACCCGCUCCAUCCAAACCAGCUAAGCCCUUCGGUUGCGACGAUUGCGGAAAGGCUUUCACACGCUUUGCGGACUUGAAGCGUCACCAAUCCAGCGUCCACUACCCUGUAUUCCGCAACUGCCCUGUCGAGCACUGCUCCCGCAAAGGUGCCAAUGGAUUCCCUCGUCAGGAUCACCUGGUUGAACACUUGCGUUCAUACCACCAUCUCGAUGUGCCGAAACGGCGGGCCUUGAAACGCUCCGCCAAGGAUAUGGCUUGA